CACGAAGGUGCACGUCUUCAAGUUCCCGAGAGAUCAAGCUCUAAGGGACGCUUGGAUUCGCGCUGUGCCACGGGAAAACCUCACGGUCACCGAACAUUCCAGGGUAUGUGAACUUCAUUUCAUGGACGAGGACAUUAUUCGAGACGCGACGCAUACAGAUCAAGCAACUGGCCGCGUAAUGACAGUGCCGCUAUCUCAUGUGCGCCUUCGCCCAGACGCUGUACCGUCGAAGUUCCCGAAUCAUUCGAGCUACUUGUCCAGAAAGACCGCGAGGAGGGAAGAUCCUGACUCCAAGCGCGCGCGAAUAGAGAAUGCAGCCCUUGAGAAAGCCAUCGCUGAAUCCAACGAGGCAUUUAUCAGAGCACGCGAGGAGGAUAAAGUCAACAGUGUGAGCGAACUUGCCAACCACUUAAGGAGCCAAGGGAUGAAGUUCUGGGAUGUUAUCGAAAGAAAUGAAAGGCUUCUUCUCAUUCACAUUGUCGACGAUGAAGCACCGUGGUUGAAAUACUCUGUUUGCGUGAAAGGAGAUUUGAGCGUGACACUACACGUUAUGAAAACGGCCGUAAAAAAGCUCGGUGCAAAUCUCUGCGUUCCCGAAAUCGCUAACAGUAAAAGGGGUAUGGUGGAACUCCUGGAAGGCAUCGAGAAGUGGGACUGUGACCUGAUGUCCAACUCAGUCGCUGAAAUUUGCGAGGCUGUUUGUUUACUGCUUGAUCAGCUUUGCACAUCCCAAGCAGAAGAUGACGCCAACUGUAUUCAAUUUCGGAAAGAGCAAGUCACCUUGCACCUAUCGAAAAAACAGCGCAGGCGCUACUCUGCUGAUUUCAUAAUGUUUUGCUGUAUUGUUUUCACUAUAUCGCCCCAUGCAUACGCGUUCAUACGUAGCCAUGGAAGUAUCACCUUGCCGCAUCCUAUGACGAUAAGAUCAGUGUGCUCGUCUUAUGGUAUGAGUCCUCAACAAGAGCAUCAGAGUGAAACAUUCCUCAGCUACAUGACAACAAGAAUUUCUGACCUGAAAGAUGACCAGCGCUUUGUCACAGUUAUGGUUGAUGAAAUACAUAUAAAACCUUACUUUGACUACAAAGGAGGCAAUAUUACCGGCGCUGCAAUUAAUAGAAAUGAAGCUGCUAACUGUGCGCUCGUUUUCAUGGUGCGCAGCGUGACGUGUAAAUUCAAAGAAGUUGCGCACAUCGUGCCGGUGCACCGAGUAGAGGCGGAGUUCCUGCAAAAGACGCUUAAAGACGUGAUUUGUGGGCUGGAAAAGAUUGGGUACCGGGUUAUGUGCGUCGUCAGCGACAACAACUCUGUGAACAGAAAAGCGAUGUCACUUUUCGAAUCACCUCCGUGUAACAGAAUUGUGUACCAACAUCUAUCAGACCCUUCAAGGCCGCUGUUCAUCGUUAUAGACCCAGUGCACAUUCUAAAAUGCAUACGAAAUAACUGGAUCAAUCAGAAGAAUGACCAAAUUUGUUUCUACUUCCCGGAGAUCCAAGGAGACACACCAGAAUCAGAGCGAAUGCAAACAGCGUCAUUUGCAACAAUCAGGGACCUUCACAGCAAAGAGUGUGACCAGCUGUUGAAAUAUGGCUAUGGGCUGUCAAGAAAAGCCCUCUACCCUUCGAGUCUUGAAAGGCAGGACGUAAAGCUUGCUUUACAAAUCUUCAAUGACUAUUUACCAGAGGCGUUACGUGCUCUUGGAGCAAAGCACAACCUAUUCUCUUUCGAGGCCACGGCUACAUUCGUCGAGAUCAUACUCAAGUGGUGGAAAAUUGUAAACGUCAAAACUCCAUGGAAGGGAGAAAGGCUUAGAGAUCACUUCCAACAACCAGUGCUUUCCAUUGAUAACGAUCCAAAAAUUGACUUCUUGCACAUGUUUCUGAAGUGGCUGGAUGAGUGGAAGAACAAAGGUUUUGACAACGGUACUCUGACAAAGGAGACUCACGCUGCUCUCGAACACACCACCUAUGCGCUUGUUGAGCUCACUAGCCACAGCAAGCAGAAGGCGCACCUGGAAAGGCCUUUCUGA